AUGUGGUGAGGAAGGUUUUUGCCAAGGGGGAAGAGGCUUCUCACAUGUCUCUCAUAGACAAAGCAGACCUGUUCUUCCACGAUUACUCCCUGGGACCUCUCUUUGUCCAAGAGAACUACGUCCACGUCAGGCCUGCUGCGGCUGGGAACAACUUGGCGAAAGAACUCAUCUUACUUAGCAAAACGGCGGACAGCAUUUGCGACGGCGAUUUAGUCGACCGCCAGAUUCGCGCGCGGCAAAACUGGAGCCUUUUACCCACACAGGCCAUUUAUUCGAGUGUCCUUCCCGGGGAGCUGAUGAGAGGCUAUAUGCAAGAAUUUCCGAGUUUCCCAAGCUGGUUGGGAAAGUUUUCAUCCACUGGGAAGCACGACCGCAUCGUACAGGAGCUCUCCAGGCACAUGAGUCUCAGAACGCACGCGAGUAAGAGGGCAGUAAACCUGGACUAUCUAUCCUAUCUGCGCGAUGCCGUUGUGCGACCGUUGACCUGCCAAGGCUCGGAAGGGGUCCGGGACGCUGUCGCCUUCAUGGAUUCUUACUGCUUGUUGAGGGAAGAUGUGGAAAACCUCAUGGAGGUCACCAGCUGGGCCGGGAAACCCAGUGAAAUCGGCGUUCACCCGGGCCUACAAUAAAGUCACACACCUUACCCCCUACUCCUUGCAAAUGGCACCGAAGACGAGGCGAGUGGGGUCGGUGGAUGCGGACCUGAACGAAGAGCUGGAAUCUAACGAGGCCGAGGCCGAAACCGAGCAAGGAAGCCUCGAAAGCGAUGCGAUGAUUAAGAAAAAGACCAAAACUGCCAAGCCACCAAAAACAGAAAGAAAGGAAGAGAAGAAAAAAGGAAAAUCAAAGAAAAAAAGCUAAAUAAAUUGUCUAUGCAAGCUUACUAUUGGAUUGUGGACACGGUAAAUGGUUGGGCAGACUCUGCCCAAGAGUUUGCAAUAUAUAUAUAUACAUAUACAUAUAUAUAUAUAUUGCAGAAAAAGAGGCAAAUAGAAUCUAUAUUGUUUGAUUCCUGUAAAUACUGAGAGAGACUCGGCUUUCUGGGAGAAAAAGAGCCCAAGCUGCUAAGACCCUAACCCUUCGCAAAGCUCCUCUAUUUUUUUUAAAAAUGCUCAUUAUGUUACUAACCGUGUAUAUACCAUAUAAAGGAACAAAGCCUAGGUCGGUUCUUUGUUUUUGUAUAUGAAAGUGCAGCACUGUGUAAAAGUUGCAAUAAAACUAGUU